AUGAAGAGGCCCAAGCAGCAGACGGGGCCACUGAGCUUCCUGAACUUCUUCAGCAGGAAGCCCAAAUCGGAGCCGAGGCCCGAGAGGCCCGUGGAAGCGUGGCCCAAAGAGGAGGUGGCCAUCACCCUGACGCCCAGCGAGCACCCAGAGCAGGACCUCAGUGUCGCAGCAGACGAGGCUGGAGAAUCAAGAGUUUCUGGUGCCGAAAGAGGAGAAGAAGGAGGCGCAUCAGCAGCAGCAGCCGAGGCGGGUGAGGAGGCCGCCGCCGCCACGGCCGAAUGUGCGUGCGGGGACAGCAGGGGCUCCACCGGCGUCCUGUCCCUCUCCUCCUCCAGCCAGGAGCAGCUAUUGGAUGAACAUCUGGAGGAGUGCCCGCUUUGCCUGCUCAGUCAACCGCGUUGCCACUUCCCGCGACUCAGCUCCUGCUCCCACCGGGCGUGCUCCGACUGCCUCCGCCAGUACCUGCGCAUUGAGAUAUCGGAGAGCCGGGUGGGCAUCGCGUGCCCGCAGUGCCCCGAGACGCUGGCGCCACUGGACGUGCGCUCCAUCCUGGAUGACCGGGCGCUGCUGGAGCGGUUUGAGGAGUACCAGCUGAGGCGUUUUCUAGCUGCUGAUCCGGACACACGCUGGUGCCCUGCACCUGACUGCAGCUUCGCGGUGAUAGCUUACGGCUGCGCGGAGUGUCCCAAGCUGAGCUGCGGCCGCGAGGGAUGUGACACGGAGUUCUGCUACCACUGUCGCCAGCUGUGGCAUCCCAACCAGACGUGCGACCAGGCCCGGCGGCAGCGAGCCCGCCACACCUCAGGUGGCAUCGAUGCCUCCACGCUGUACGUCUUCAAUGAAGAACCUGGAGGAGAUGCAGAGGAGAUCAAACCGUGCCCUCGCUGUGGUGCCUACAUCAUGAAGACCAACGAUGGCAGCUGUAACCGUAUGAACUGCACUGUGUGUGCCUGUCAGUUCUGCUGGCUGUGUAUGCAGGAGAUCACCGACGUGCACUACCUCAGUCCCUCAGGAUGUACAUUUUGGGGGAAGAAGCCAUGGUCACAAACCCGCAAGGUUCUGUGGCAGGUGGGCAUGUUGCUCGGAGCACCGGUGGUCAUCUCCCUUAUAGCGGGCAUCGCCAUCCCAGUCAUCAUUGUGGGCAUACCGAUCUACAUGGGCCGAAAGGUCCAUGGUCGCUGUAAGAAAAACAAUAUCUCAGGAAGCAAGCACUACUUGACUGUGGCAAGUGGGGUGAUGAUGUCAGUCUUUGUGUCGCCAGUUAUAGCAGCUGUCACUGUGGGUGUGGGUGUGCCGCUAAUGCUGACGUAUGUGUAUGGGGUCGUCCCAAUGUCGCUCUGUAGGAACGGCUGGUGUCGACCGCAGGGUGAACCUCCUGAAACACAUAAAAUCCAACUGGAGGACCUAGCCAGCUAUCUUCUAUUCUCUCAUGUAGUCAGCGACCACUGGACGGGUCAGAACAACCCGGCGCUCGGCGACACCAGCGUCCAGGAAGUUAGAGUCAGUAUACAGGAAGUGGGCGUCCUCCCGAGUACAAGCACCACGCCCCCAGAGCUGGAUAGCUAUGCGAGAUUGGAUGAAGCCACAAAACGCCAUGAAUAUACCCAGCAGGACAGCCCGUCGGACUGCGAGGUGGUCAUCGUGCCUGAGAGUGAAGUCGACAACCCACAAGCACUUCCUCUGAGGGAAGGAACCAAUAUUGAGGUCCGGGUAGAAAUCGAGUCCCAUCCCAGAGGCGCCCGCCAGCCCAGCCUCAGUAGCAUCCUGUCCAGCCGGAGCUUGUCAGCGGAGUCCCUGGGACACUCGCAGUCGCAGUCCCAGGACUUCUUGUGUGCCUCAGAACUGGAAGAAAGGCGAGAGGGGAAACGAGGGAAAGGAGAAGAGCAGGAGGGACGGGAGAAACCAGGAGGGGGAGCAGCAGCAGCAGGAGGGACACCGGUCUUUGAAAUAGAUGGCGUAUGAGAUCCUCCAUUGCAGGCUCUGUACUUGGUUGAAGAUUUUAUUCAGGUUUAAAUGGACACAAACGAAACCAUGUGCUGACGCGUCGCUGGACGGACCUGAAAAUCGCUGGCCAAGGCCCCCCCCCCCGCUUCAAAGACGGGCCCGUCCACCAGAUGCCUUCU